GCAGUAUUGGAAUUUGAAUCAUAACAGGGUGGGAAAAAAUCUUCAGAAGCAGGUACAGCAGAAAAAUAAAAUAGUCUUUGUCCUUGGCUAGCUAGGUCGUUGCUUUUGUACUAGCUAAUAUAUGCAUUUUUAUGCAAUUGCGUGGAACUUGUUUGACGCCUCAAAAUCUAAAAUGACAUGGCGAACAUAAUGAGAUGGUACCCUCUUUAAGGCCUAAGACGAGCGCGGGUGAGGUUGCAGACGAGUGAACCUGAAGAGUCAUCCCAGCUCAGACACGCUGGAAGAUAACAUGCCAAAUGGAACCAGAGAGUUACAGUCUGGUGCUGCCUCUGCUAUGAGCAACAUUAUGGAUCCAUCUGCCAGAGACUGGAGCAAAGGCUCAUUGAGGGGUAGCAGUGCUCCCUUCUCCCCAGACACAGAUGGGGACGUUGAUGGAGACCCUGUGCAGCCCAGUGUGGACCUGGAACUCGCUCGUAAGAAGAAGGAGCUGGAGGUCAUAGAGGAGAAGAUAGCUCGCAAGAAAGCUGUUCUUGCUACACGACAGCUUCAACACGGAGCUAAGAACAUGCCUAAAAAACAGACUGCAUCCACAACAGUGAAGGGCAUCGCUAAACAGACCAAGAUAAACAAUACAAUAUUCAAAACAUACAACCAGGUCACCGACAAGUCGUCACGCAUAUGCCUACCUCUUAAACGGAGGGUGCUGGACAUUCUACGUAAGUUCAGAAGAACACCGGUACGGCACCUACUUCGUAAGACGAAGAAACAAAACAAGAUGCGAGCAUUGGAGCUGAUGAUUAGCUCUCCCCUAGAAAAUGAAGAGGCCCAUCCUCUGAGACUGAGAGUGAAGGUUUUAAUGAACCAGCGACGCUCUCCCAACAAUGAGGUGGUUCCUGAUGAUAAACAGCAUGAUCCAACCAUUCAGAGGCCAGUUCACUCACUCAGGACACAGGAGAAAGACAUAGCAGCCACAGGCUUCCAGCGCUUCCUCAAUGUCCUCAAUGAAGGUGUGGACCUCAACAAGCUCUCAAAGAUAGUCAACGACGAAAAUGAGCUACUCAUUGUGGGCGAGGAGCUACCACAAGUUUCUCCGACUCUGCUCGAGGGUCAUGUUGACUCCAGCAGUAGAUCCAAUUCUUCUCCAGUUGAGGAGAAGAAGGUGAGGCUUGAGGAUGAGCAGCGGUACGAGCAGAUGCAGACCCUGCUGGAGAUCGUUGGGCUGGACUUGGGGGUUGAGGAGUUGGGUCGGCUGACAGACAGGACCAAUGAUAGGCUGUAUGGGAAGAUGGGAGACUUGAAAAGGAAGGAGUUCGAGAAUGAGAAGGGAAAAGAGAAAAAGGAGAGCGAGCCCUCAUUUAAACAUCUUAGUACUUCCUCAUUACCAUCAGACAGCGCCAGCCCCCUUCUAAACCAGCACUCAAACAUGACUGGUGAAUACAGCAGCUCUAGUAACAGGGUAUGGGACAUAGAGAGGGACAGAUCUGAGAGGGACUGGCACCGACACUCUGGUACCAGAGACAAGGACAGAGAGAGGGAGGAGGAUAUAGUCAGAGAAAUGGAGAGAUCUGAGAGAGAUGGGCACAGAGAGGACAGAGCCAGAGAAGGGGACAGUCCUACGAGAGAGAGAUCCAGGCAAAGAUGCUCUAGUACCAGAGACAAGGACAGAGUCAGAGAAAGAGACAGAUCUGAGAGAAACCGAAAGGGAGACGGGCACAGACACUCUAGUACCAGAGAGAGAGACAAGGACAUACCGGUAGUCAGAGAAACAAACAGAUCAGAAAGGAACAGAGAUGAAGACAGGGACAGAGACCCAAAGAAGGACUGGGACGGAGGCCAAGAGAGAGACCGGGACAGAUCUAGGAGAGACGGGGCCAGAUACAGAUCUGAGAGAGACGGGGACAGAGACCCAGAGAAAGGCAGGGACGGAAGCCGAGAGAAAGACCGGGACAGAGUGAGAGACCGGGACAAAUACAGAUCUGAGAGAGACAGAAACCGAGCGAUAGACAAGGAUAUAGAAAGGUGGCUGCAAAGGACCAAAGACGGAGACAAACGUUCUAGGACCAGUGACUGGGACAGCGAGAGCGACUGGAACAGCCACUGUAGUACUAGAGACUGGGACAGAGAGAGAUCUGAGAGGGAUAGGUAUGGGGAUGAGUCCAGGGAAAGCUCCAUUGAGCUCUACUCAUACUCCAUGGACCCUAUAUUCCCUGUUUCUCAUCCUCAUGCAUUUAUGAUGGCAAACUACUCCCCCACCCAGUACUCUCAGUAUAUGGCGUACCACAGCAGCCCCUACACCAUGGCCUUCCCUCCAGGGUGGGGUUAUCCCCCUGGCACCAUGCCCCCUGGUAUUAUGCCCCCUGGUAUUAUGCCCCCUGGUAUUAUGCCCCCUGGUAUUAUGCCCCCUGGGAUUAUGCCCCCUGGUAACAUGCCCCCUGGUAACAUGCCGCCUGGUAACAUGCCGCCUGGUAACAUGCCGCCUGGUAACAUGCCGCCUGGUAACAUGCCGCCUGGUACCAUGCUUCCUGGUGUUAUGCUCCCUGUUACCAUGCCACCUGGAAUCAUGCCAGCUGGUGCCAUGCUGCCUAUUAACAAGCCCCGCCUACCUAAUCCCCCUGGGUAUCCACCCUACACCAACUUCCCCCCAUAUUACUCUAAUGGCACCACAGCCUUAAACCAGACAUACACCAAGCCUGCUAGCAACCUCCAGCUCUCAUCUACCCAGCCUGCUAGCAACCUCCAGCUCUCAUCUACCCAGCCUGCUAGCAACCUCCAGCUCUCAUCUACCCAACCUACUAGCAACCUCCAGCUCACAUCUACCCAGCCUGCUACUAGCAACCUCCAGCUCACAUCUACCCAGCCUGCCAGCACUGCAGCAGUCUUGCCCCUCCAACGUAACCCUCCCAUUUGUCACAAGAAACUAGCUCCCUGGUAUAAAGAAAAUAACAAAGCCCUGAAGCAAGUUUGCCGACAAAUGGAACGGAAAUGGCGCUCCACCAAUUUGGAAGUCUUCCGACUAGCUUGGAAAGACAGUAAAGCGCAAUAUCGAAAAGCCCUCAAUGCCGCUCGAUUAGCCUACUUUUCCAAACAGGAGGAGAAUAAAAACGAUCCAAAAUGUAUUUUUGAUACUGUUGACAAGCUAACUAAAAAGCAGCAUUCUCCUAGUGAGGAUGGCCUUCACUUCACCUAAGCAGUUACAUCCUGCCUGGUUGGCCCUGUCUGGGGGUAUCUUCGGACUGGGCCACAUUGUCUAAGCACUGGGUUCUGUCUAAGCCCUUUGUGACAUUUACUGAUGAAAAAGGGCUUUAUAAAUAAAUAAAUGUGAUUGGUUGGUCUUAACUCAGAGAUACACAUACACCCAGCCCUCUAGCAACUGCAAGGAAAAGAGACAGAAGCAUGCAGAAGCCGUAGCGAAAGUGAAAAGAAUAAACAUGGAAGAGACAGAAAUAUGCAGAAGAUGUAGUGAAAGUAUCCUGUCAGAUGGUGACAAAGACGUCCCCCUCUGAACCAGGGUGAAUGAAGAAAGCAAAGGGGGUAAACAAUAGAUUCUUCACAGGUAUUUUCAUGAAGAGUUAUCAUAAUCAUCAAAGGAAGCAUAUGUGUAAGAGGAAACGGCUUUUGAAGAGGCGGAAUGAGGCUCACCAGCACAAAAUAAAGUGAUUGCUUGCAGAAGCAGCAGGGAAAGUGGCUCCUCGGGUGUCUGUAAAGGAUUUCCCCUUUGGAGAUGAGCCCAAGAUCCAGAAGGAGUAACAAUGAUCGAUGGGGAGAAACUACAUGCUGACACUGUAGAAGAAGUGGUCCCUAAAAGAAGCUAGAUUUGUAAUGACACUAGCAAAGGAUUUGUUAUAGUUUAACCUCAUCCUUCAAAGCUUCAUGUUGAAGCUAUUUCCAGUGUAAUGUUUUGUAUUGUAUGUGGUAUGGGUAUGGCCAGUGGUCUUUCUUGACUAUUAUAUCUGCUCAGCAAACGCAUUUUCUCUCCCGUUAUAAACCAAAUCAUAAGGGCGUGGAGUUUACUUGAUCUGGUCAUGUGGUUAGGAAAGACCCCUGGCCCUGGGCAUAGUACAUGUGUGUCAAUACAAUGAAAAGACCAUUGAUGACAUGCUUGCAAGUUCUCAUGCCUGAUAGCAAGAAAACUGCCCGUGUUUCAUUCCCCCACUUCAGUCUAUAGAUCAUCUUUUACUUUGUAUAUAUUUAAUUGAAUAAAAGAUUCUGUCUAAUAUUGUAA